AUGACAGACCAGGAGCAGCAAAGCAAAGACAUCCAAGAAAAGGCCCCGGAGGCUUCUUCUUCAUCUUGGAACCCCAGUUCGUCUCACUGGGAGGAGAAGCAGCUAACCCCCUGGUGUGUCUCGACGCUGCAGCAGCGGCUUGCUGCAGCAAAACUUUUGCUGCUGGAAGGCAGCACGGAGUUGACUUUCUUCAACGUCACUGUCAAGGGCGAGGCCUCGCUGAGCUACAAGCGAAAUCGGAAGAUUUUAAUUUUCGAUUUAAACGCCGAAGCAGAUUGGAAAGCAACAGCAAGAGACCAGCAGCAAAACUUCCUCGCAGACGACAGCAGCAGCUGCAGCAUUUCGUUUUAUGGAGAUGGGCGGCUGCCGCCGCAGCAGCGAAUUGAUGCAGCAGCAAAGAAGGAGGGGCCCCCCUUGAUAAGGGAUUUGCUGCAGGCCUUUGCCCAGGAGAUACGCGAGAGUUCCUCUUUCGGGUCGAAUCAGCAGCAGCGGGUGCAGCAGCAGCAGCAGCAGCAGCAGCAGCAGCAGCAUUGGGCGCAGCAGCGCGCAGCAGCCGCAGCAGAGCAAUGGCUGCAGCCCCUGCCGCUGCGUGGUGGGCCCGACGGGCCCUUGGGCUCACAGCAGCUGCAGCAAUUCAUUACGGGCAUGCUGCAGCAACAGCAGCAGCAGCAGCAGCAGCAGCAGCAGCAGCAGCAACUUGCUCCUGUGGCUCUCUUCGCCACUUCUCUGCAGGCGCAGCAGUGCCCCCGGGCAGCAAAAGCAGUGAGACCUCUGAGGGUGCGCCUUCCAACAGCAGCAGCAACAGCAGCAGCAGCAGCAGCAGCAGCAGCAGCAGCAACAGCAGCAGCAGCAACAGCAGCAGCAGCAGGCCCAGCCGCCACUUGCUGCAGCUCCCUAGGCCAGCGCCUCCAAGCGCUGCAUCAAAUGAAGCUGCGGCUCCUCCAGCAGCAGCUGCAGCAGCAGCUCUUCCUGCGGCAGCUGCACGCAGCCCUGGCAGCUUCAAGCGCAGCAGCAGCUGCAGCAGCAACUGGAACAGCAGCUGCAGCAGCAACUGGAACAGCAGCAGCUGGAACAGCAGCAGCUGCUGCUGUUCCAGUUGCAGCAGCUGCAGCAGCAACUGGAGCAGCAGCAGCAGCUGCAGCAGCAGCUGCGGUGGCAGCUCCACCAGCAACUGGAACACCUGCAGCAGCAACUGCAACAGCAGCUGCAGCAGCAGCUGCAGCACCAGCUGCAACAGCAGCUGCAGCAGCAGCUGCAGCACCAACUGCAGCAGCAGCUGCAGCACCAACUGCAGCAGCAGCUGCAGCAGCAGCAGGGGCUUGA